AUGUUUUCGAUCAGUGACCAAGACUAUGUCCCAGUCUCACAUGUGCCUUCGCCAUGGAUGGUUUACACAGUCUCGGGCAAGAUGCUGAAUCCGAUGAGGUCCACAGCUUCCAGUUCGGCGAUAGCGAAGUCCGACAGCGGCCAGAAGUUGGCAGCUCCGCGUGCCUUGGCAGAGAGCCCUGCGUUGCACCGGCUCUUUGACAGAUCCAGGAACGACGCUCAGACCGAAGUGAAAGCCAUGAUGCUGCAGGGCCCAGCGGGGAGAGCGCUCCUUGCCAUUGGCGCUCAGGAUGACCACGAUGUAGCAAGCCGUGCGGCCGCGAACAUCCAGCGCCGGACUGAACAGCGGCAUGGCGCUAAAGGCGUUCAAGCGGAUCGCCCCAGCAAAGCGCUGGAAGCCUCCAAGACUACGCUGCACUUCGGCGCAGUCUACGAGCAUCGGGAUUUUAGCGGCAAGCCUCGGCUGAUUGGCUCCACGGACAAAGUGCCCGAGCAACAGUUUGAGCUCGACUGGACCAGCGAUGCAGUGAAAUCGCUUCGCAAAGACGGGAUGCGCUCGGAGCUGGUGUGGGCCGCCGUCGGCUCCGGUGUAGUCGGUGCUGCUGAGAUGGCAGAGGUACGCCAGUCCGUGAUGGAUGCAAGAAGUGACCGACUGAAAGUUGAGAAGCUGCGAGGAAUAAAGCCAUACUCUCGCCAUACCUGA